GGUACGCGUUCAUUGCGUUCAAGGCGCUUGCGAUGUUCGGCUUCUACGUCCAUUUCUUCCUGAUCGCGAUCCGGUACAUAUCGCUCACAGUGUAUGCGCUGCUCGACCAAGUCGGAUUCUGGGACGCGCAGAGUGGGGAUGGAGAUAGGGGAUGAUGGCGUGGUGUGAGCGGUGGGCGGAGCGGUCGUGCACCGAGUGUGUGGUCAGAUGGAAUUCAAUUAGAACUUAUCAUCUCGUGUAUUUCUUAUCCACAUCUUGCAUCCAACAAUCGUCGACUCGAAAUGCCAAUCAGCAGCCCCGUUUGUCGAGUCGUUCGUCCUCGAGCAAGCUCGACGUCACGUGCUCUCAUCUGCCCUCCCAGAUGUAGCCUUGGACGGUCGGUGGGAUUGCAGGCAAAAAAAAAAAUGCAGCAAUAAUGUUACUGCUGAUCAGCGCCUACAGCUUGGAGGGUAUUGCCCGUUCUGGCAGAGGAUCCCACUAUUGACCAUGCGUCGGCUUUCUCCCUUGCCGUCAAACCACGAUUCGCAGUUUCCUGGCGCCACUUGGAACCCGCUGCAGACUGGUGCGGAAAACUUGCAGAGAAGGACAUUGGGAAAGGGACAAUGAAGUGACAUGGGCUGGAAUCCGGUAUUCAAGAUUUAAUGGCGUACCUCAUGUAUAUGGGAGGCAUCAACUCCUCUGAGCAACCCAGUUCGGCUCUUUUCUCGCCCCCGAAGGAAGGCUCGAUCGCCAUAUAGUCGUUCGUGUUCUCUCGUGGCUUUUCGUGAAAAGUUCGUUUUGUCCGACAAACAGGUGUCUGGUCCGCGCCUCGAUUGAACUGCUCUGAGCGAUAGACCUCGUCUCGGAUGUCGACGAAAAACAGACAUAGGAAGUCGUGCGGGCAGAAAUUCCUGGUAAAGGGAUGGUGAGCAUAUGAAAAAGAGAUCCGGGAUCUCUAAUAUCCCGAGAUCCGGAUGCGUCCAGUCCCGCACUGCGUCGUCACUCCCGAAAUCCAGGGGUGCACACUGCAUGCACUGAUGG